AUGGCACAAUCUUUCUAUCUGGUCAACCUCGACAAGAGACAGGCAUACUUUAUCGGAGAAUUCGGACAGAUGUUCUUUUCCGAUGUCACCUCGUAUGUCCAGCUGAUAAGUCGUCUUCAGCGCCGGCUCUCUCCCCCGUCCGAACCUCUACUAAACGGUGGGAACGGUGUGAAAGGCCUGCAGGCCGCGAUUGAUUCCAAGCUUGCUCGUCGUCUCGCUGAACGCAAGCGCAUGAAACAGUGGUCGCUUGAGGACGUGGAUGGAAAGUCCCUUUGGGACGUCGAGCUGCAUGAGCGUGAAGACGACGAUGACUAUCGUCUACAAUGGAUGCCCUCUAUACCAAGCUGCGGAUCUGGAAGAGAGACUAUCAAUGCCUUACCCAACGAGCUCAUCGCCAUGACAUUCUCCUUCAUCGCCGAUUACGACGACGCCCUCGCUCUCGGACUGACCAGCUCUCGCUUCUGGGCUAUAGGCAAAUCCCAUCUCGUACGCAUGCUUACUCGCUCACAAGCAUCCGCCGAGUUCUGGCCCGGCGAUCGUAUCAUCCUCGUCGCCUUUGCCACGAACAGUUUACCUCAGGAUCUUGAGGUGGAAUAUCUUGGACCGGCGCCGAAUGACCCAGACGAUCCAGACGAAGUAGAUCGGCGCCCUUACAACCUCAUGCGUGCUCUCGUACAGGAUAUCGCUUUCGGGAAGGAAAGUGUGCUCUUCACCCAACCUUGGCCGAUCGCUACGAAAGACUUCUUGUACACGGGUGACUUCGGCACGGUCGGGCAAUCAGAGGGAUUCAGACCAUGGCUCAAGCCCUUCGAUCGUUGUGUGCAGACGCUGAAACACGGCGGGGCACAACGUAGGACCAACGACGACGGUACCUUCGCGGCACCAGAGUGGAUCCUUCGUAAUCUGACAAAGAAAGAGUAUACUCGCGAAGAUGCAGGCCCGUCCGGGAGCCUUUGUCAUCGUCUGAUCGUGCGGUCGUGCUGGGCUGAAUAUAUCGGCUCGAUUGAUAUCUAUCCGGAGCCGGAAUCUCUCUGUCAUGGUUCGUGGGCUGGAAAUAGAUUCGAUAUUGUGCCGUUGGAGGAUCUGGAGUUGGUGCUGGGAAAAGAUGGGAAGGUGGAGAGAGUGGAAGGGUGGACGGACGUUACGAGUGAGGAUCGGGAGGAGAUUGACGCGAUCUGUCGGGCUGAAGAUAUGAGUUCUCAUUACGGGAACUGA